AUGACCCGCUGUAUUUCUAUUAAGGUAGCUUCAAAUUGUAUGGUCAUAUUCGAAUCGGGUGUUACUAAAUUUCAAUUAAUUCUAUCGAUUUGUUCGAUCAUAUACUCUCCAACGUGGUUACCAGUGUUUAUCAAUUUUACUUUCCUGGCAUUCGCUCUAUUCUCGCUUAUUAUGUAUUCAUUUUGCUGGAAGAAACGUAACAAUAUGUUCGCAUUACCUAUUCUUAUUUAUGAGACGGUAACCAUAUUCUGGAUCAUGAUCUGGGUGUACGCCAGCAUCAUGGCGAUAACGACAGGAUAUUUGUGGUCGUUGGAAUGGCUCGGCGGUCCACAAUCGGACCGAGCAGCUAUCAGUCAUGAUAUCAUGAACGAUCGCUAUGUGAAUCCGAAUGAGACGAAUCCGGAGACGAAAAAAGCCAUCAAGUUCGGCUCUAUCAUCCUAAUAGUUUCCAUAGUUAUAUUGGUGCUGAAGAUUGCUGCGUGGACUAUCGCCCGUCGUGUUUUCAAAGAGCUGCGAAAGGAGCGUAUUCUGCUUGCAGAGAAUACAGUUUACGAAGAUAUUGACCAAUCGUCCCCAACAACAAGUCGAUUCUCCAACGAGAAAAAAUUCGUCUUCAACCAACCAUCACAAGAACUCAAUCGAAUGCUGCCGACGUCGAAAUCGUCGCGAUCUCCAUCACCACGCGAAUCUUAUAUUUGA